AUGGCGACAAACAAAGAUCAAAUUGAGGAAACUGUUCGCAACACACGAGCCAACCUGAAAUACCUGUUAGACGGACCAAAAAUCAAUCGGCGCUUUGUCUCGGCCGGAGUCGAGGUGAACACAGGUCGCUACGGCCCUUACGCAACGACAAUCCGCGACGGCCGAGACAUCCAGGAUCACUUUUCAUUCGAUCGCCAUGGGUUCCAGCUGCUCGACGCUCCAACUAGUAUACUCGACUUUCAUGACAAGACCGAAGUCGAGGCUAAAUAUCAAAACGAAGUACGCGACCAUGUUCAGCGCGCCUUUGGUGCCGAUUUCGUUGUGCCAACGGGCUGGAUGAUCCGCACCUCAGGGGACAUACCCAAGCCAAAAGAGUCGGAGGGGCCAUAUCGCCAUUACGGCGGCAUUCAACCCCCAGCAGGUGAGGUGCACGUUGACACUGAGCCCAGCCGCCAGCUUGCUGCCGCGCAGCGUGUCUACGAGAAAGAACGGCCUGGCGGCCCUGGCUUCACGCGCUUCAUCAUCUCCAGCUUCUGGCGGACGUUCUCGCCGCCGCCACAGGUAUGCCCACUGGCCGUAUGUGACGCGCAGAGCGUCGGAGAUGAUGAGGGAGAAUCGAAUAUUCUUUGGGUAGUGGACAAGAUACCUGAGGGAGACGAGAUGUUCGCGGACAUGGACGAUGAGAAGCAGCUGGCGGCUGCGAUCUUUCGACAUAGCCCUGACCAUCGUUGGUGGUAUUUCUCAAGAAUGACUCGCGACGAGGCGCUGCUGCUCAAGUUCCACGACAGUGACCGCAGCGUCGGUUGGCGCACGCCGCACACGGCUUUCUGGGAUGACAGCUUUCCUGAUGCUAAUGUGCGAGAGAGUAUCGAGUGUAGGAGCAUUGCGUUCUUCGAGUAG